UACUGGAGAUCAGGGGUGGACUGACCAUUUGGAAACUCGGGCACUGCCCGAGGGCCCGGGGUCAGUAGGGGGCCCCAUGAGAUGCCCCUGGUACUUUUUUCAUAGGCUUUUUUGAGUUUGGGUAAGGACACAGGGGCCCCAUGAGUUCCACAUUCCGAGUGACCGAAUGGUCAGUCCGCCCCUGGUCUUUACAUACUUCACCAUUGGUGGCUUUUUCCAUUCCCCAUUUGGGUUGAGAUAUGUAGAGGCAUGUAUAGCAGCGGACCUUAAAGGG